AGGGAUGCGUGACGUAUAAUCCAAGCGACGCGGAUCCGCGCGACGGCGGUCACUAGGCCCCGCCCUUGGGGCGCCGAGGGGCCGUGCCCAGAGCCGGGAGGCGGUUAGGGUCGUGGUCAUGGCCCUGGCGUCGGCCAAUCAGCCGGAGGUGAUCCGCGCCGCGCAGAAGGAUGAGUAUUACCGGGGCAGCCUGAGAAGCGCAGCCGGAGGCGCCCUGCACAGCCUGGCAGGUGCUAGGAAAUGGCUGGAGUGGAGGAAGGAGAUUGAGCUGCUGUCAGAUGUGGCGUACUUCACCCUCACCACAUUUUCAGGGUACCAGACUCUUGGGGAGGAAUAUGUGAAUGUCAUCCAGGUAGACCCAUCCAAGAGAAGAGUCCCUUCUUUGCUUCGCCGAGCUGCACUUGUCUUUUUGCAUACCCUUGUGCCCUAUGCGCUGGAUAAGGCCUUAGUCCAUCUCGAGCAUGAGCUGCAGGCAGAAGUUGAGAGUGCCAGGCACCUGCAGAACAGCCUCGUACCCAGUGUCCGAGGUCGGUCGGCAGUGCGGCGGUGGCUUCACAAACAUGUCCGCCAUCUGACCGACCCACAGAAGAAGACACUUCUGCGCAUGGUGUACAUUCUGAAGCAGAGCAUCACCUGCCUCCACCGGCUGCACGUUGCCAUGUUCUACAUCGAUGGAGUCUUCUACCACCUGGCCAAGAGGCUCACGGGUAUUGAAUAUCUCCAUGUGCGCCGCUUCCCCAGGGAUGACCACAGCGUUCGUUGGAGCUACAAGAUCCUGGGGACGGUGUCCUUGCUCCAUCUCUUGCUCUCGGUCGGUGUCCAGAUCUACAGCUUCAGUCAGAGGCAGCGGGCACAGAAGGAGUGGAAACUCUACCGCAGCCUCUCCCACCGCAAGAGCCAUGUGGAAGAGAAGGCGGUGGGCAGGGGCUCCGUGUGUACCUUGUGCCUAGAGGAGCGCCGGCGGACUACAGCCACACCCUGCGGCCACCUUUUCUGCUGGGAGUGCAUCACUGAGUGGUGUAACACCAAGACAGAAUGCCCCCUCUGCAGAGAAAAGUUUCAUCCACAGAAACUGAUUUAUCUACGGCAUUAUCGUUAGUCCUGGAAAACCCAGCUCAAAUGGCAACAGAAGAAAAAGAAGAAGCUCUCAAGAGAUCAUGAUGUCUUUAUUAAUGGACCAAAAGCAGAGUUCAUUUUAAUUUAUCCAGAAUCAUGGUGACUUAAUUAGCACUGAAAUUAUCAAAGUUGUUUUUGAAAUCAUUGCCUAAGGUACUUUGUCCACUCUUUCAGGGGAAAGGGUAGGAAGCUAGGCCUAACUUAAUAUGGUAACUUUGGAGUAUUACGAUGUCCUUCCUAUUCAAGGACAGGACUUCAAACAAGUAUGCACGUUCACACUGGAACAUACACACAAAGGCAAGCUCCAUUCGACUCAGAUAAUUCACCCUGGAUCUUAGAUAUUGUUGCCAAAUGUACACAUGUCCAUCUUCCUUUUUAAUUAGUCUGAGAUAAUUAAGUUGACUAUUUUGGACAAACAGUACUCUAACUUCCUUUCCCACAAUUUCUGUGCUACUUAAAAACAGUUUCUGAGAAGCUGGCAUUUUGCUUAUUCAGAAAGGGGCUCACUGUGUUUAUCCAAAAAAAGCAGUUUUAGGUUUUCUUCCUUACCCCUUAACUCACACACAGCUGAAACCAGAUUCUUCUGAAUUUACAUUCUAAGCAGUCAAUAAUAAAGGUUUGUGUAUAUAA